AUGGAAAAUAAGGGUGAAAAUCACAUGACAUCAGCUGCAGCGUUUGUUGAAGGAGGCGUCCAAGAAUCUUCUGAUGAUGCUUGCAGUAUAUGUCUUGAAGAGUUCAACGAUAGUGAUCCUUCAACUGUCACUGUUUGCCGGCACGAGUUUCACCUACAGUGCGUUCUUGAAUGGUGUCAAAGAAGCUCUCACUGUCCUAUGUGUUGGCAACCUAUUAGCUUGAAAGAUCCUACCGGACAAGAAUUGUUUGAGGGAGUAGAGCAAGAGAGGAAUUGGAGGGACACUCCAUCAAGAAAUGUUAACACCAUUCAUCACCAAUCUAUUGGAAAUUUUGGAUUUCAAAGUCUUCGCAUGGAAGAGAGAAUACUUCAAAACUUAGCUAUUGUUGCAUCAAUCGAAAGAAGACACCGUCGUGGUCAAAUGGAAGGGAGGGGAACUCAACAACUUGAUCAUGAUCAAUCCCAAUUCUUAUUAUUCUCAAAUCAACAGACACAACAAUUGCAAAAUGAAAGUUCUACAAAUUCUAGAUCUGAUACAAAUGGCUUAGAAAUGCAAUCAUUUUCAGAUACUUUGCGCUCUAAAUUUAAUGCAUUGUCGACCAGAUAUAAAGAAUCAAUCUCAAAGAAUACAAGGGAUUGGAAAGAAAGAUUGUUCUCUCGAAAUUCUUCCAUGUCAGAACUCGGUCUAAAUGCAAGAAAAAAGAUGAACCCGGGCAUCGCUAGUGUAUCACAAUCGAUGAAUAAUAGAGUUGUAAAUACUAAUUUUUCAAAUAAUUUGGAGGAUAGUUCUAUGGUAAACUCAAGAGAAAUUGAUCAUGUUAAAAGAGGAGAAGACUCUUCGUGCAAUAACAAUACAGCAACUGUUUCUUCUACUAGUUCACAUUCAAAUUGA